UGCCAAGUACUGGAUUGUUUUCGUGGAUGUGACCUUCUCCAACCUACUCUUCUCAAUUACUAAAAUGCUACAAAUGCACUACCAAAAUACUAAAUAAAGGACUUUGAAAUUCCAUAAAAUUCUAUGGAAUUUAUAACUCUUUUAAAAUCCUUCAAAAUCUUAAUUAAACACACCUCUCUAGGUUUUGUCAUCCAAAAACCGUCCCUGCCCUCAGAGGGUACUUUUAUUGAUACCCAAUUUUAUGUUAAGUUCACCAACUAAGAAAUUUUUGUCAUAGCUUCCCAAUGAUCCUCCACUAAUAACAUCAGAAUUUUCAAGCUUCCCCCACCCCCAACUCCGCUGCCACCUCCUCUCUUCUCACGCUGCCUCCCUCCUCCCUCCCUCUCAUUUCAUUGCACAAGUCAAUCUUUGCUAUUGACUGACUGUGUCAAACAAACAUCAUUGACUGACUUUCCUCUAAGAUAUUUUCUAAUUAAUAAUUGGAACUUCACGGAAGGUGCUUGCUUUAACCCCACUCCUAUAUUAUAAUAUGGGUAUGUAUACAACUGUCUAAACUACUACUUUUUGUCUACUAGUGAACAACUCUCUCUCUCUCUCUCUCUCUCUCUUGUACCCAUGGAAAAAAGUGGAAGCAGAUCCUUCACCUUGUCUUGGUGGCCUUUCGUUCUAGCCUUUCUUGUUCUUUGCUUUUGCAGUGAAACUUGUAACGCUAAGGAUGAUAGUAAGUCUUCAUGUACCUCCUCCUGCGGCCUUAUCCAUAACAUAACUUAUCCUUUUCGACUAAACGAUGAUCCGAAGAGAUGUGGCGAUAGAAGGUAUACUCUUUCCUGUGAGAACAACAAUAUUACAGUACUAGAUCUACAUUAUCAUGGUGAAUACUAUGGUAAAUACCACGUACAGGCAAUCAAUUACGAGAACCAAACAAUCCGACUUCGAGAUCCUGGCCUUGACAACAACAAUUGCUCUUCCCUGCCUCGAAAUUUUCCGCCUGUCAAUUUUGCUGGAGUUACAUAUUCUUCAGUUAUGUAUAUGAUUGGUCCAUAUGUUUCACUGUUUUCAACGUCAGUAUAUUACCUGAGGUGUAGAAACCAAGUAAAUUCUUCUCUGUACGUGGAUACUGCUCCAUGCUUGAAUAAUAGUGCCACUUCUUUGAUCCAACCAAAAUCUUAUAGUUAUGUCAUGGUUGACCGCCCAUAUAGCCCAAGCUAUAUGGAAGAUUUGAAUGAGGGUUGCAGAGUCGAGGGGAUGGCUCUCGUGCGGUUGGACUACUCUAGCGGGUCCUACACUAAUGACUCUUAUAGUUAUGAAUUUAUACACAGUGCAGUCAUGAAUGGCUUUGAGGUUCGAGUGUAUUGGCCUGAUGAACUAGAUUCACCCUGCAAUGGCCUCACUUCCACUGGCAAUUGUUAUCCACGCACCAUCCCAGGUUUCUUUCAACAUGCAUGGGCUAAAAUCCGUGAGUGGCCCCUCUCCAUCCAUUAUUUUCUGAGUGCAACCGUGGAUCUUGGGCACUUUCCUCGAUGGCUUCCAUUCCAUUCCAUCCAUUCCAUCGCGGUUGGAUGGGAAAUACUGAUGGGCAUCGGCUUAUUUUUUCCAGCAAGACUACUGUUUGGCAUUCCAAUUGCGGCUGUAUUUUUAGUCUAUAAAUGGCGAAGAAGACAUUUGUCAAUGUAUAGCACAAUAGAAGACUUUCUACAGCGCGAAAAGAAUUUCAUGCCUAUAAGGUACUCUUACUCGGACGUCAAGAAGAUGACUCGCAAGUUUAAGGAUAAGUUGGGCGAAGGGGGCUUUGGCUCAGUAUUUAAAGGAAAGUUACGCAGCGGCCGUUUUGUAGCAAUUAAAGUUCUGGGCAAGUCCAAAGCUAAUGGCCAAGAUUUCAUUAGUGAAAUAGCUACCAUUGGAAGGAUUCGCCAUGUUAAUGUGGUGCGACUAGUUGGUUAUUGUGUCGAGGAAUCAAAGCGCGCUCUAGUAUAUGAAUUCAUGGCUAAUGGCUCACUUGAUAAAUACAUUUAUUCCAAAGAAGGAAGUAUCCCAUUAACUAUCAACAAAAUGUAUGAGAUUUCUCUUGGAGUGGCUCAAGGGAUUGAGUAUCUACAUCAAGGUUGCGCAAUGCAAAUUCUCCAUUUCGAUAUCAAGCCUCAUAAUAUUCUUCUUGAUGAGAACUUCAAAGCAAAGGUUUCUGACUUUGGGCUAGCAAAGUUGUAUCCUGUAGAUAAUAGCAUUGUCACGCUGACGGCAGCAAGGGGGACAAUGGGAUAUAUUGCUCCUGAAUUGUUCUACAAAAAUAUUGGAGGCGUCUCACACAAGGCCGAUGUCUAUAGUUUCGGAAUGUUGUUGAUGGAAAUGGCAAGCAGAAGGAAGAAUUUGAAAACAACGGUAGAGCAUUCAAGCCAAAUCUACUUCCCACUGUGGGUAUACGAUCAGUAUAAUGUGGGAAAUGACUUGGAGAUGGACAAUGUAACAGAGGAGGAAAAGAAUGUAAUCAGAAAGAUGGUUAUAACUGCCUUGUGGUGCAUUCAAAUGAAACCAACUGAUCGCCCUUCGAUGCACAAAGUCAUCGAGCUGCUUGGAGGAGAUGUUGAACGUCUGCAAAUGCCCCCCAGGCCUUCUCUGUGCCCACAAGAGACUCCUGUGGCUGUGGGUGACAUUCAAGACCCAAUAUGUUCUAACGUAGAGCUAACAUGUUCUUUGUCAGCUAGGUGAUGAUCAAGUUCUUAGUUAUAAAAGUGAAAUAAUGUAUUAUAAACUUUAAAAAGAGGUUUAAUUAAUGAACUAUUAUUCAAGGUUUCCUC